AACCAAUCUCCACAUCGCCGCCCAAAACCCACUCUCUCCAAAACCCUUCUUCCCGCGGCCGCCGCCGGCGCCGACGGCGACGGCGAGGCAGCCAUGGCUGCCCCCGCUACCCGAAGGAUCGUUGGCGCUGAGGUCCCCAUCCCCAGCUCCGACAAGCUGCGGUGGAUCGACCUCACCGUCCCCUCCUCCUCCGCGCCGGCUAGUCCCGCCGAUCCCUUCGUCUGCGUGCCCCCGCGCGCCGCCUCGGGGUGCCACAUCAUCCCUUCGGGAGAUUCUCAGUAUUACCUCUCGUGGAGGAUUCACGAGGAACACCAAAAUGUGCUAGAGGUCAUCGAACUUGGCGCUUCCAAGGAGUUCCCUAGCUCUGGACUGCGGUUGGUCUUCCAGGAGGCGCUAUGUCCAUUUGCCUUUUUAUGUGAACGAGAGGGUCGAAGACAAGGAGAGCUUGUAUAUCUGUUAUAUGUGCUUACUGUUUCUGGAGUUGCGCUCUUGUGCCACUUACGCAGCCCAUCUUCAUACUUAUCUGGUUCAGUACUGCAUCAGGAUGAUAUAGUUGAGUUUAGUCUCCAAACUCAUGCUCAGAGUGCAAAGGUUACAGCGGUAACAGCAAAACCAGGAUGUCUUGUAAUUGGUCGGCAAGAUGGGUCCAUCUGUUCUUACAGUCUUGGCAAGUUAGCUCCGAACACACCAGGGUUCUUGAAUGAGCUGCGAGAUGAUGCUGGGAUUGGGCGUCUAUGGACUCUCAUUUCAAGAACCAAAACUGUGGGUCCUGUGCAGGAUAUAGUGGCAACCAUCGUAAAUGAAAGGGACCUGUUAUUUGUUCUUCAUUUGGAUGGACAUUUGCGCAUAUGGGAUAAUCACACGAAACUUCUCAACUAUAAUGUUCACUCAAAUGAUAUUGAAGGCCAUCCGUCCAGGCUAUGGGUUGGUGAGGCUGAUGAUGACAAAGAGCUGAUAUCUUUGGCAGUUCUGCAUCAGAACACUGUGGUUCAAGAUUGUGAUCAUGUUGCUGUGUAUGGCUUCAGUUUUUCUGCUGGGGAAAAGUUCCCGUUCUCUCCUGAACCUUCAAUUUCUACUAUACCUUUGCUGGAGGGGAAGCUUGUCGACUUGAAAAUAGGCAUGAACAAGCUUUGGAUACUUAAAGAAUUUGGAUCAAUGCUGUAUGAAAUAUUACAGUAUGACAUUGAAACUAAGAAAAUUUGCUCUUAUGUGCUACAAGAAGAUGCUAUCAGUGAGCAAUUGUUUCAAAGUUCUGACAAUGCAUUGGAUGAUUUGGUUUGGACAGCUGAUUCAAUGUUCUCCUCCUUGAAGGAACAUGCUUUCAAUUUUAUUUCAUCCAUGUUUCUGCGGAGGCUACUUCAACCAGGAGUAAAUCACUGUUCUGCUCUACGUGAAACCUUAUUAGAGCACAAAAGGUUUCUAUCAGAUUCUGAGUUUCAGUCACUUACAGCUAAUGGGCUACGAAAAGAGAUAUUAUCCAUUAUAGAACAAGAGGGAAGUUCACAGACAGCGAGUGCUACAGCUUAUCACUGGAAAAAAUUCUGUGCACGAUAUCUCCACAAUUGGUGCUGUAACAAUAGGCCAUAUGGGUUGCUUCUUGAUACUAAAAAUGAAGUGUUUGGUUUAAUAAGGAAGGGUUCAUUUUCCCUGUUCCGUUGUUUGGAGGGUGUGGAGAUGCUUAUUUAUGGUUCAUCAGAUGAACUGCGCAAUAUUGAUGACCUAAGGAUGAACUUAUUGGAUGAUACAUCUAACUUUGAACUCCUCAAUGAAGUCCUUAGAUUCAUGGGCCAUAUACACCAUCUGCUGGGGAGAUCUUCCACGGCAAUAUAUUACGAGUCCCUAAUCAGUUCUGUUAUAUCAUCUGAUGAAAUUGCUUCGCAGAUAGUAAAGAUUCUAGAGACUGGUUUUAGUCCUCAAUCAUCCUCAUCCCUCAUUACAUUACUUGGAACGGAUGCUUAUGUAGAAAGAAGGCAGGCAGCUCACAAAAGUCAAAGGAAAUUUUCUGUUGAGAUGUUACUGUCUUUUCAUAAGUUGCAAUCAAGAUCCACAUCCUGGUCGGUGGUAUUUGAUGUGAUCGAGAAGUUUAUGAAGUGUUUGAACACAAACAUCAACGUACAAGACUAUGAAUCAAAGAGAGUUUGUAAUGUUAAUUCCAUGUUACUAGUCCAGGCUACUUCACAGGUUGCAAGGACCAUGUAUGAGUGUGCUUUUGAUCUGUUUCUGUUCAUGAGUUAUCUUGUUGGUGUUGGUGGGCAGGUCGCCUUGUUGCAAAGUGAUGUUGCCAGAAUAAAACUGAAGCUGUUCCCAAUGAUUCAAGACAUACUGGGACAGUGGAUUGUUCUCCACUUUGUAGGAAUCUCACCUACCUCGCCACCAACCAUCGAAGAUUUCAGUUAUCAACUUUCUUCUCUUCAGCUUGGUAAAGUAGAUGAGCUGUCUUUGCACAGAAAGCUUGGCUGCUCUGAUUUUACAUUGGCUUGUUUACUUGAUUUUCCAAAAUCUCCUGAAGGGGAUGUUAUGUCACCUUGUUUUCCUAGUCCAGUGGAAGUAAUCAAUCUCGUAAGGAGGUUUAGUAGUUUGAUUUUGUGUGGAAGAAAUUUUGAGUGUGUACAGACUUUCUUGGGUUCCACAAUUAAUCUAUCAGCAAUUCUCAUCCGCCAUGGUCAAUAUGAAGCUGCUCAGAAUCUGUUGGGAAUUCUGGAAACAUACUUGAACAAUGAGAAAGUAUCCCGUGCUGGUCCGGAUGCAGAUACUGCAUGUUCAGCAUAUCUUCAUCUCAAUGGAUUUUGCCUUCUGAUGCUUGCACAUGAUGAAGCAAAUACAGUUUUGAGAGAAUCCAAGGUUCAUGAUGCUAUCCGAUGCUUUUUCAGAGCUGCAUCCGGGCAUGAAGCUCCAAAGGCUUUACAGAACUUUUCAUUGGAAACAGGCUUUCAAGUUUCUGGGGAAUGCAGAUCUAUUUCUUUGUGGAGACUUCAUUACUACGAGUGGGCAAUGCAAAUCUUUGAGCAGCACUCCAUGAGCGAGGGGGCAUGCCAGUUUGCUCUUGCUGCUCUUGAACAAGUUGAUGACAUCUUUGAUUUGGAUAAUGGAACUGAAGCGGAGAGCCUUCCAGAGACUGCAGCAAUGAUUAAAGGACGACUAUGGGCUAAUGUAUUCAAGUACAGCUUAGAUAUGAAACACUUUCGAGAUGCAUAUUGUGCAAUUAUCUCAAACCCUGAUGAUGAUAGCAAAUAUAUCUGUUUGAGGCGUUUCAUCAUAGUUCUUUGUGAGCUUGGGGAGACAAAGGUUCUUUGCAACGGAGAGAUUCCAUUCACUAGUUUGGUAGAGAAAGUGGAGCAAGAACUGUUCUGGAAGGCUGAGCGCUCAGAUCUAUCUUCUAGGCCGAAUAUCUAUAAGGUUCUUUAUUCAUUUGAAGCGUAUAGGAACAAUUGGAGGAAGGCAGCUGCAUACAUGUACAGGUACUUUGUUAGAUUGAAUAGAGAGGGUAAUGCAGGUGGCAGCCGUCAACUUCCUCACGUGUUGCAAGAGAAGUUGCAUGCUUUAUCUGCUGCUAUCAACGCAUUGCAGCUUGUUGAUCCCUCAUUUGCAUGGCUCGAUUCUGUUUGUGAAGCUGAUGAUCAAAUUUCUCCAAGUAAAAGGCCUCGGAAUCUUUUGAUGGAGAACUCGGCUUUUGGCACAGAUUCUGAGCUUUCUAGAUUGCAAUUUUGUGUUGAUGUUGAAAUCCUUGAAAAGGAAUACACAUUAACAAAAGCUCAGUAUAUGCUCAGCACUGUGAAAUCAACAUUCAAUUUUUCAGAAAGCCAAUCUAUUGAGUCCCUGGUGGAUAUUCUUAUAGAUGAGAAAUUGUAUGAUCUGGCCUUCACAAUCGUGCUCAAAUUUUGGAAGGAGUCUGGAAUGAAAAGGGAAUUGGAGCGUGUAUUUUCAGCCAUUGCGCAACAGUGCUGCCCAAACAGAUCAGAUAAAUCAGGGGGAAAUUUGACUGACAGUCGACAACUGCUGCUGUUGCCUUCAUCUGAGGAUGAUGCAUGGGAUGGUAACGCUAAGAGUAUUGCUGUGACCCAACAGCUGCAGGGAAGCUGCCACUGGGAAACCCUUGAACUAUUUAUGGAGAAAUACAAUGAUCUGCAUCCUAGAUUGCCAGUCAUCGUUGCCGAGACGCUUCUUUAUACUGAUCCCAAGAUUGAGCUACCUCUUUGGUUGGUUCAGAUGUUCAAGACCAGCAAGGCAGGGAGCAGGAUCUCAUGGGGCAUGUCCGGGAAAGAGGCAGAUCCUGCUGCCUUAUUCAGACUCUACAUAAACUACGGCCGGCAUGCAGAAGCAACCAACUUGCUGCUGGAGUAUUUGGAGUCGUUCGCAUCAUCAAGGCCAGCGGACGUCCUCCACCGCAAAAAGGUGUCGGCGGCUUGGUUCCCCUACACCGCCUUCGAGAGGCUGUGGUGCCAGCUAGGGGAGAUGCAACACGCCGGCCACAGCGUGGAUCAGUGCGACCGGCUCAAGAAGCUGCUGCACGGAGCCCUGAUGAGCCACCUGCAGCAGGUGGUGGUUGACUCGGAGGACGUGCUGUCCUCAGUUGGAGUUGGGCAGGGGAUGGAGGCCUAGAGCAAGCUGAGAUCGUGUUGGUGCUGGUCCGUGAUGUAGAGAUGAGAGAACGAUGUGUCACGCUUGAAUCUUGUACGUAAUUGUUUGUAUGUUUAGCUGUCUAUCGAGUGACUCGUGCGUCUCGGAAAACAAAUUGCUCGUGCUGAAACUUCAACAUGGAGGUUCCGAUAACGUGUUCGAGUUCCAUUUGUAGAUGUUGUGACCCCCAUUAUUUCUACCAGCGCUUUUAUAGUGCCGGUAUAUCGCUGUCGUCGUUCGGAAUAGCAAUGGCCAAUGGCGACGGCCGCAGUGGGAUUGCGCCAAUUGGA